AAAAUACCAAAUGUGUGGUUGCGAGAAUAAUAAUGCCAUUAUUAUGUUAUGUUUAGUUACUAAGUUACUAGUUACUUAGUCUCUUUUUAUUUAAUACUUAUAAAUCACAAAUAGUGUUUACCUAUCACAACUUGCACUGAACACAGAUACGUGUCUCAAUAGUGUUACAAUGUGGUGAUGUUAUUUCUUCACUGAACUUAUGAGUAGAAUUACAGAUUCCUUGGAAGUCUUCUCUUCUUUAAAAAAGGAAAUUAGUGUUUAAUUUUUUUCAACUUACUUUAAACAUGGCGGUUGACAGUCAAUCUGAAGAUUCAUCAGUAGAUUCUGUAAAAGUAGUUGAAAAUAGUCGACAUGAUAAAAAAAAGAAGAAAAAGAAACAUAAACACAAAAGUGAUCGUAAGCACAAAAAAUCUAAAAAAGAGAACAGUGAACCAAAAAUUAAGGAUAAAAAAAAAACAAAUGGAGAUAGUUCUCAAAAUGGAAAACAAAAACGACCAUCUUCUCCUGCACCAUCAGAUACUAAUAAAAAAAAGAAAACUGAUGGUACACCAGUGUCUGAAAUAAUAUUGGUUGAAGAAGAAAUGAAUUUAGAAGAGUUAAUGAAACAUAAGGCAUUACUUCAAGCUAGGUUAGGAGCCUAUAUGUCAGAAUCAGAUGAUGGUGAAAAGUCUUCUUUUAAAAAUAGAAGUAAUUUUAAAAAAUCCAUGGAAACAAUUAAUUUAGUUGAUGAUGACUCAGAUGAAGAAAAAAGACAUAGAAAUACAGAAAAGAAUUUAUCUAAGCAAGAUCAAGAAAUGAAAAAAAAAAAUAGAAACAGAAGUGCUAGCAAGGACACUAGUUAUGUAAAACUGGAUAGAUCAAAAAAAGAAAAAGACCGCGAACGAGAUAAAGACAGAGAACGAGAAAAAGAAUAUGAAAGAGCCAGGGAAAAAGAAAAAGAAAGACAAAGAAAAAUUAAAUUACUUGAAGAAGAAAAACGUAGGGAGAUAAGGCGCAAAGAAGAUGAAAUAAAAAGAAGAGAAGAUGAUCUUAGAAGAAGAGAACAGCGACGUCGGGAUGAGGAAUUGAAAGAAAUUGAAGAAGAGGCUAAAAGAAGAACAGAAGAAGUUAGGAGAAGAGAAGAACAAAUUAGACAUCAUGAAGAACAGCUUAGACGUAGAAGAGAUCGUAUCAAAAGUCCAAUUUCUAGCAGAGAUCGUGCUCGAAGUCCUCCAUCUUCUGCUAGACACAGGGAUAGAGAUCGUGAACGUGAAAGAGAACGAGAUCGUGAUCGUGAAAGGGACAGAGAAAGGUUUAGAGACAAAAGAUAUAAUAGGAAAUAUGAUAUAAGAUCUCCCAGUAAAGAAAGACAUACAAGAUCACACAGAGGAAAAGAUCGAGGUGAUAAGUUUAAAGAUAGUUUUUCAGAAGGUUUAAAACAUGAUGAUAAAUCAUCAUCUGAUUCUGAAAUUGAUGUUAAUAUAAAUAUAGCCGAAGAAGAAAAUGAAGAAGAAAUAAUUGAAAAAAGGAGAAAACAACGAGAAGAAUUAUUAAAGAGAUUAGGUGCCAAUAAUUGUAAUUUACACAGUGAGGAUUCUACAAACCCAUCUCCUCAUGGAAGUUAUGCAACUGAAACAUCUACACAGCCAACACCAGAGCCACAAUCUCCUAAAGAAAAUAAUAAUGAUCUAAAUUCUGGUUCAAUUCUCGAGAAAGAUAAUAUCAAGUUUGAUCAUGUAUUGAAUCCUGAUUUAAUUAAAGGAAAAUGGGAUAUGUUUGCAGAAGCUGAUUCAUUUCAUGCUACACAACAUACACCUAAACCAGAUGGCCUGGCAAAUGGAAACAAAAGUGUUCCAGAGAACCCUUCAUUAACAGAUAAUUGGGAUGAUGCUGAAGGAUAUUAUCGAGUACGUAUUGGAGAAAUAAUGGAUUCAAGAUAUACUGUAUAUGGUUAUACGGGUCAAGGAGUAUUUUCCAAUGUUGUUCGAGCAAGAGAUGCAGCUAAAGAUAAUCAAGAUGUGGCUGUUAAAAUAAUACGAAAUAAUGAAAUUAUGCACAAAACAGGACUUAAAGAAUUAGAAAUAUUGAAACGUUUAAAUGAUUCAGAUCCAGAUGAUAGAUACCACUGUUUAAGAUUAUUUCGUCAUUUUUUCCACAAACAACACUUAUGUAUGGUUUUUGAACCACUCAGUAUGAACCUUAGAGAGGUGUUAAAAAAGUAUGGUAAAGAUAUAGGACUGCAUGUCAAAGCGGUUCGUUCAUACAGUCAGCAGUUAUUUUUAGCAUUAAAAUUAAUGAAAAAAGCAAAUAUUUUACAUGCUGACAUAAAACCUGACAAUAUUUUGGUAAAUGAAAGCAAGUUAGUGUUAAAACUAUGUGAUUUUGGUUCAGCAUCACAUGUUGCUGAUAAUGAAAUAACUCCAUAUUUAGUCAGCCGAUUUUAUCGAUCGCCUGAAAUUAUUCUAGGUAUCCCAUAUGAUUUCGGCAUCGAUAUGUGGUCUGCUGGUUGUACUAUUUAUGAACUUUACACUGGUAAAAUAUUAUUUCCUGGAAAAACAAAUAACCAGAUGUUGAAGUUUUUUAUGGAUCUUAAAGGAAAAAUGGCAAAUAAAACAAUUCGUAAAGGUGUAUUUAAAGAGCAACAUUUUGAUAAUAACUGUAAUUUUUUGUAUCAUGAAGUUGACAAAGUAACUGAGCGGGAAAAAGUCAUAACUAUGUCGGCAAUUAAUCCUAGUCGUGAUCUCUAUGUUGAAUUAUUGGGUAAUCAAAAAUUACCUGAAGAUCAAAUUCGUAAAGUGAGCCAACUAAAAGAUCUGUUGGACAAAAUAUUAACAUUGGACUCUUCAAAACGCAUUGGCAUAUCACAGGCUUUGGUACAUCCGUUCAUAUCAGAAAAAAUUUGAUCAGUGCGCAUAGUUUUUACUUAGACAGAUAUAAACAUUUUAUGUUUCUUGAUUCCCUGGAUUCAACAUUUUAAUGAUAUUAAUAAAAAUUAUUUUUAGAACUA